AUCCACUUCAACUACCAUUGGAAGUACACAAAAAGAGUUAUAUGAAGCAAUGUUUGACUUCACUGCUAGACAUCCGGAUGAAUUAUCAUUUACAACUGGGACGUUAAUUGAUGUUUUCGUAAAUGCUCCGACUAAUGUUGGCCCAGGUUGGUUAUAUGGUCAAAUUAAUGAUAAAGUUGGCUUAUUUCCUGAAACGUAUGUACGAAAAAAAGUCGAUGGGAAAAUUGAUCCAUUUGAUCCUUUUGGUGUUCAUAAAAUAACGAAUACUUCUGUAUCAUCGGGUAUGGCAACAACAACAAUAUCUACUACAAUUAAUACACUUAAUACAAUUAGUGUAAUAAAUACCAUUGACAGUUUGACUGAACCGGCAAUUGAUAAUCUAGUGGGAAGUGAAACAACACCAACAACAAAACUCAAUGAUACUACAUUUUCUAACAAUGAUUUUUAUGGUGAAGUACAACAAAAUUGGAAUGCAUCAAUGUCUACAAUAACUUUACCUGAAAAUAUACCAACAGAUCAAUUCUUAACAUUGACGGUUGACGAUCGUGUUAAAAUUAUCAAAGAAAACGACAAUAAUAAAGAAUGGUAUUUUGGUGAAAUUACUGAUAAAUCAGAUAUUGUGAAAAAAGGAUGGUUUCCAGCUUGUUGUUUAAAACCAUUCACUAAGUCCAAUACUUCUAAUAUAAAAAAUGGACUAAAUAUCUCUUCAUCAUCAAAUAGCUUAUCAAAACAACCAGACAUUCUAUUUUCAUGUAUUGCAUUAUACCCAUAUGAGUCGAACGUAUCUGGCGAUUUGAAUCUUUCUGUUGGUGAUUUGAUUAGAGUUUGUGUUAUAAAGGAUGAUUGGUGGGAAGGUAUUUGUGAACGAACUAAACUCAAAGGUUUAUUCCCAGCUAAUUAUGUUCGUAAACUAAGCAGUGAGGAAACACGGUCGAUGGAAGAAAAGUUAGAUAUAAGCGGAUCAACUAUUAAUCAAAUGGAGCAUAAUGACACACUUAAUCCUCCAUCUCUAUCAAAAAUAAUUCCUAUAUCAUCGCCGAAAUUGAUGGAAGCGAAUUCUAAUAAUUGUAUGGCUAGUUUACUUUCUUCAUCAAAUACAUCUUCAACUUCAUCAUCUGGUGUUAUUGUAUGCACUCAACCGGAGUUUGCUCGAGUAAUUGCACCAUACAAAGCUACUUCAGCUGGUCAACUAACUCUUCAACCUGGUCAAGUUGUACAACUUCGUAAAAGAUCACCUAAAGGUUGGUGGGAAGGAGAGUUACAGCAAAGAGGUCAUAUUCGUCAAAUUGGUUGGUUUCCGGCAGAUUUCGUUCGACUUAUUACACCACUGACAGCGAAUGGAUCGUCUAAUUCAUCUGAUCAAAAACUUUUAUCCAAACUAAUAAGUACCACUAAUAAUCAAAUUGAAAAUACUCCAACUAGUUUAAAGGCAUUAGCAUCAAAAGCGAUUACUACAUCAAAUUCUGUUAAUGAUAAUUCUGUACAAAGUCAGCAAGCACAAUCAAAUCGUGUGGAAAUGAUGCAAACUAUUUUUAGUUAUAAAGCUGUUCAUGCAGAUGAGUUAACAUUUGAAGAAGGUGCUAUUAUCACAGUACUCGGUCGAGAUGAACCGGAAUGGUGGCGUGGUCGACUUCAAAAUUCUGGAGCAGAAGGACUUUUCCCUGUUAAUUAUGUACGUCCGUACAAUCCUCCCUCACAGACUGAUAAAUCUUCGAAUUCCGUGAAUCAACGUCCUGUUGUUCCUACACAAAUGGAUAGUGAUAUUUCUAGAAAACUACGUGAACGUGAUUUUGCUAUUGAAGAACUUAUCAACACUGAAUUAGCCUAUAAUAAUAGUCUUAUUGAAGUGAGAGAUGUUUUCUAUAAACCAAUGAAAGCAUCAAAAAUGUUAACUUUGCAACAAUUGGACGAUAUUUUCCCUCAUUGGAAUGAGUUGAUCGAUACUUCGACUGAAUUUUGUCAUGAUUUGAAUGAUUAUGUUAAAAACGAUUCAUCUGAUCAGUCGAUUAGUCAAAUCCUUUUAAAACAUAUGAUUAAAUUUAAAGUCUAUCGUCUAUAUUGUACGCAACAACGUGUUGCAUGUGAAACUUUACAACAUUGUCUAUCAUCUAAUUAUCGUUUAAAUCAAUUGGUAAAAAUAUUUGAAAAAAAUACUAAAACGAAAGGUUUACCCCUGUCUUCAUAUCUAUUGAAACCAAUGCAACGUAUAACAAAAUAUAAAUUAAUCGUUGAAAAGAUUGCAACAAAUACGCCUAUUUCAUGUCCAGACUACGAUGAAGUUGUUAAGGUGAAUAAUUUGAUGUCUGCUCUUUUAAAGUCAAUCGAUCAUGCAAUUGGAUCUAAAGAUAACCCUAAUCGUAUCGACUGGUUCCGUUCACGGUUGAUUGGUGCUGAUAAAUGGCUUUUAGAUUGGUUAUCCGAUAAUACAGCUCAACAUCCUCAUGACAGGCCAUGUUUAGUUCAUUGUGGUACACUUUAUAAAGCUAAAAACAAUCGAGAAUUUAUUUGUUUCUUAUUCAACAAGUAUUUGAUUUUAACUACACCAAAUUAUAAUACUAAUGGACGGUUAUUUGAAUUUCCGUCUACAAAUCAAUUGAAUGAAAUAAAAUGGUCGUUUAUAUUAUACAAAGAACCAUUAGCAUUGAAUCAAAUAUAUGUAUUUAAAGGUUCAUUCAGACAAAGCACUGAAUCAACAUCUUCAGUUUUUAGUAGUUAUUCAAUAACACCUCAAUCAGCACCAUACAAUAAAUCUACAAAUGAUGAACUUGUACGAUCAGUAUCCACUUCUACAUUAGCUGAAUCAAUUGAAAAUCCCAAUAUUAAUAUUAGACGUCAAUCUGAAAUUGUAAAAUAUUCAACGACAAAUGUAUUCUCAUUAUUUAAACGAAGAAAUUCUUGGCAACCUAUAGUGACUUUAAGGGCUCCAUCGAAUGAAAUUUGUGAUCUUUGGGUGUUAAUUUUGAGAGAUCAAAUUAAAGCUGGAAGCAAUUUGUCUAAUUCACACCCUUCUUAUUCACCAUAUCAAUUUGAAGUUCACUUCAAGAUCAGUAUUACUGAUCAAAUGUGGAAAUUUUGUCAAAUAUUUGCUAAUCAAUCAUUAAUAGAAUUUAAAACUUCUGAAACGUUAAAUUUUCUGAUACCAGAAUCUUUAGAAAAGUGUUUACAUAUCACUGCCUUCAAAUCGUUACCAUUUACUAAUUCAAAUAUAAUUGGAUCGUGUAUUGUACCAUUUUCAAAUAUAUUCAUUAAUUUUCCACCAACUUCAAUUGAAUCAUUUACUAAACAAAUUGAAUUGAAUCAGUCUAUUGGUAUGAAAAUGGAAUUCAUCAUAGAACUUACUGUUUAACAUUGUCAGUGAUGAUAAUAAUAAUAAUAAUGAUGGAAUAAUUAGUAAGAAUAAUAAUAAUAAUAUAUUAAUCAAAUCCAAUUCCAAAUAGAAUGCUAUUUACUUUCUUACUCUCAUAAUUAUAUGACGUAUUAUCGUUAAGUUUUAUUUUAUUCCGAAGAGGCUAAACAAAAUUAUCAAUUUGAUUUUUAUCGAUCUCUUCUACAUAUGGUUCGUUCUUGAUAAUUUUAUAGAUGUACUCUUUUUCUCAUCAUUGACUCAUUUACAUAAACCUUCAUAGAUUGAUAUACUUACAUGUACAUUGUGCUUAGUGUUCAUACUGUUUCCCAUUUUUCACAAAUUUACUCCAUAUUUUAAUAAUUUAAUGUACAAAAUUAAGAUCUCCUUUUAACCUUAUCUGUUUGUUCGCUUUCUUUUGUAAUUUAUGAUCUUAAUUUUUUGUCAAUAAAAUUUUACCAAUGAUUCUUUUAUCUUUUCUCUCCCUAAUUUUAAUGAAAGCUGUUUGUCAUUGACUAUUCAAAUUACCAAGUCAAGGUGGUCGAGACAAUGGUCACUACUAAGUCGUCGACCAAUUGUAAACGAUAUACACUAAUCAAGUAUUUUCAAUUUUUGAAUACCGCACAUACUAUUAUCCUCUUUAUAGUUGCAAAGUGUUAUUAUAGUAUGAUUCCAUUGCAUUCUGAUAUUGCCUUCUCGAAGUUGUUCUCUGAAAAAGCGACUAUUAUGUCCUGGAUUACUACUCAUUUGAAGAUGCUUUAUUUUUUGUUGCCUUAGAGCAAUGGGCUAAUAGUUUAGUGACUUAUCUUUCAACCACUUUUUUACCGUAUAUUUGACUUAGCUUUGCAUGUCAGGUUUUAGCAAUCACUUUGCUCUAUUAACAAACAAAUUGUACUAUUUAAAGCCGAUUAUAUUAUAGCUUUACCUCAUUACUAUCAUACCUUAUUAUUAUUUACUGAUAUUUCUGUUUGAAAAAUAGGCGAGUAAACUACGCAGCCUCACUAACUGAGCAUACAUAUGUAAAGCUAUUUAGAAGACUUGUUUAUUUUUAUUCAGUAUUUUAUUAAAAUUCUAUAUGAAAUAUCAAGUAUAUGAGGAAAGUUCAACUGUGUUAUUUGUCUUUCAAUAUGUAAAUAGCGUUUAGUACUCCAAGUCCAUGUCUUUUUUAUUUGCUUGUUUUUCAGGAUCCCGCAUUCGUAAAGAAGCUCAAUUUAGCUCCAGAUAUCAGAGAUGAUUAUGCUGAAUUAUUUCAAAUUACACUAUGGACUAGCAUAGCACUGAUUCUAGUUGUAUGGGGCGUUUCUUGGGGUAUCUGGAAUAUGGAUCCUGGACGAGAUGGGAUUAUCUAUCGAGGUACAAUGACAAGACCUAAACAAGACUAAACAUUUCCUUUCUGUAUCACAGAUAAAAUACAGAAUCUUUCUAACAUACAACUCAGCAUAAUUUAACUAUUUAUCGAGUGUUUCCAAGGGUUUUGUUUGAUUUUUUUUAAACAUUAUUGAAAUUUUUCGUUGUUGUGCUUUAUAAUGUUAAAAAAACAUAUUCAUAAAUCCACAAUGUCUUAUUUGUCUGUAACGUUUUAAUGUUCGUUGAAAUUUCUUUUAUUAUUUAAUUUAAGUAAAGGUAUAAUUGAUAAAAGUAUCUAGUGUUUUCCUUUCAAAUUGUUCCUGAGUUGUUUACUUAACAUUGUUGAUUGUUGUAAUGUACAAUCAAUUUAAUAUCAAUAUAUGAUAUGCAUAAAAACUAACCGUUCUUUCGUUCAUUAUCAAUAUGACCAAAUAUGUUUAUCCUGAUUGGAACAUUAAAUCUGUCGAAGUUUACAGUUCAGUUUCCAGUACUUCUAAAAUCAAAACUAUAUCACAUUUGUCUAAUUCAUUUCCUGGGUAACAUUAAAAAUCUCCAAUUAUUUUAAGAUUAAAAGGAUAUUCUUCAUAUAGUCUGAUAUGACUUUCGAGUCUGCAUUCCUUAGAAAUAUAACUGUAAAUCAGAUUAAACAAUUUUUAUCUAUCCUGGCCUUAUUUUUAAGUAUUAUAAUAAUAAGAGAAAUAUAACAUGUUUCUUUUUGUGAAAUGCCACCGAAUUCCCUGGUACAGCCGAGAGUGGGGAAAGUCCGCUCUCGAAAUGCUCACAUGGAUACGCGUAUAUAGUCUCUGCCAGGGGAGUCCUACUCAGUGCCUUCUCGUGGUAGGGUUGUUGUUUACAAAAUUGAGAUGGCGAAAAGCGAAUUCCCGGCGCUUUAACCGGGUUGGUGGAUAUGGAGAGUCCAUCUAAAGAAGUUGAAAAACCCUGAUUCCAAACCAAUAGGUCACAUAGGCCCCAGUAUCCUGAGCGGGCAAAAUGGCAUAUGAACCAAUCGUUGGUCGCCGGCUACCAUGGGACUGCAUCUCCUUACAAUGCUCCACUGCCUUGUAGAUCAAACCUUUAGGUCGAAGGCUCCGGGUGUACCCCCCCCCAAGAAAACGACCUGCUUCGGUCUAGACACCCGGGCAGUAUCAUAGCCCUCACACAAAUCAAAUGAGAAUUGUGUGGCGCAUAUGUAUUUGGUGCCCCCUUUUACCAGGAUUUAUGUGUUCAAAUCAAUUUUGUGAGAUUAGUAUUUCGAUCACCGUUAAUAUGAAAGUAUUGUUUUCUAGUAGGUAAUAAACAUGCUUUUAAGUGCCUACUUUUCAAGUUGCAUUUCAUUCACUGUAAAAAAUUUAACUCGAAACUAUUAGAUUAUUAAUUAGCAAAGACUGAGUGUAUAUUCAACUCAGUCUAAUUUAUCGCUUUAACAAUAUUUGCAUUUACAAAAUUUGCCAGGCUAUGUGACCUAGGAUGCUCAUUUUCAUGUGAUAUGGAUUUCUAGAAUGUCAACUAUAAAUUGGAAAUUUAACUGUCAAGUAGAAUAGGCAAUUUUAAACCACAAGUUACUUAACAACAGUUUAUUAUUGUAUUAUCGAAAAUACUCAGUAUGAAUCUCGGCUAACUAAUGAUUAUCUAUAUUCUUACGUUAAAGGUCGACCCUCUAACUAUCACGUCUUAAAUGAAUCAACCCAAUCAUAAGUCAGCGAAAAUCGAAACAAUAUCGUAACACGUAUUAUGCAUAAUUAUUACUCUUCGUUCAUUCAUCACAUUGAAUUGUGGGUCUCCAGUUUAUUGUCAACUAUCAGGUUUGCCUAAUUUUUAUCAACAAUGUUUCUAAAUCGAUAUACAACUUGACAAGUGAGGUUACAAUAGUGAUAAUCAUUAUCCGGUUUGGGGUUUUGUGGCGAUUGUAGUAAGUUAAUACUUGAAUUCAUGAGUCGAAUAAAGCCAGAUCGCCUCUACGACAGACACGGUUGGACUAACACCGUUCAACGACGGCUCAGUGGUCUAAAGGUCAAGCAUUCCCGUUUGGAUGUCGUGGAUGCGCGCUGCUGAGUCCCAUACUAGGUUUUCCAUGGUGAUCUAGACUUAAAUGAUUCAUGAAUUUAACUACUAAAUGAUAAUUAUGCCAGACACCAAAGCCUUUCAUCAUAUGAUAUUUGAUUAUUGAUAGACACAUUAUCGAUGAACGACUGGUGAUUUUCUACCUGCAACAUAGCUUCUUGAUUGGUUAACUAAAAUAACCUUGUGACACAUUUAAGGUAAAACAAGUCUUUGUUCUAUAACUAAAACGUACAUUUUAAACGUCUCGCGUUCAUAAACUAGUGUGUGGUUAUUAUUUUUCAAUGUGUGAUGAUAAUUGUGAAAUAGUCUGAACAGUUUCUGAAAUAAAUAUCCGAAAUUGUAAACAUAGAUUUUGUCUGGAUAAUUUAAAUAUGAAUACAUGUUUUUUGUUUUACUAUUUGUUGUUUUUUACUAUUCCAAUCAUACGAUCUAGGUUAUAAACGAUUGGUUUGUAAAAUAAAGAAUUAAACAUAUACAAUCAAAACUCACAAUGAAACACUAACAUCCUAAUUCAAUUUGCAUGUCACAAAAAUGUUGAGAAUAAUAUCAAAGUAACAAACAUAUCACACUGUAUGAAAAUGGUAUUAGUUUCAUAAAAAAUUUCGUACUUCAACUAUGCUUCUUAUCAUCAGAUAUAAAAUUUCAGAAAAGUAAAAUUUGUCUUCCUCGAAUUGUCAGGUUUGCCAAAUUAUUUCUAUGAAUUAUUUCC